AUGGAUGAGGAGAAGAAAAUGGGUUUGAAGAGAAAGUCGAAACUUGCAGAAAUGUUGGUUGAUUCCGAUGAUGACGAGCCUAUUGGGACACUACUGAAGAAAAAGGGCAGAAAAAAUUCCAAGAAAACUAAGCUGAUUGCAGAUGUUGAAAACCAGGCUAAGGGGAUCGAACAGAUGACUCCUGUGAAUGAUGAACUUGGUGGUAUGGACGACACAUUGGCGAUUUUCAGGAAAAAAUUAAGGGGUCCAAAAAAGAAUGUUAGAUCUGCAAUGGCAGCUUGGAAUGAAUCAAGCAGCAACGUGGUGGAGUCAUCGGGCCUGCCUCUUGAUGAGUCUGUUAAGGACUCUGAUUUGGAUCAAAAUGGGUUUAAUAUAUUGCAGAAAAGAUGCCAGGAUGGCACUGAAGAUGCAUCUUCAGAGGUUGCUACUGUGAUGGAGGCUUUGAAACUGAAGGCUAAAAAGAAAAACAAGAGAGUCAAAGUUAAUUCAGAUACAAUGAUAGCUGGAAACUCUGACUUGGGCAAAGAUGUCCAUCCGAAUAAAUCUGGAGAUGAUGCAUUGAGGUGUGAGAAAGAAUGUACUUCAGAAUCAGACAGAGUGGUAGCAGAGGAUUCAUUAUCUGCUUUUUUCCAAAAGAUGCAGACUGGGAAAUCUCACGGUUCUUCAAAAUUGAAGAAAGGGAAGAAAACCCGAGAAUUGAAUGAUGGGCCGAAAUUGAAUUCGCAUGCUGGCUCAGAGUCUUCUGUUUGGAAAGCCAAGUCGGAUUCAAAAUUUUUCAAGAAAUCUGUCGUGCCUGACGGACGUUAUUCAGAAGCCUUAAAUUGUACACCAGGGAAUGCUUCUGAUUUAAAUAAAGGGAUACCAGUGACUGGUUCUUCUAAAGAAAAUAAUUCGGAGGAAUCAAAUUCAAUCACUGUGCGUGGAAGUUCUCCUUCCAGUUUGAGACAAUGCCCUGUUAAGAUCAUUGGAGUCGAAGAUGGUAGAAUUAACGCUGAUGAUGUCGGAGACCAACCAGCAUCAGGUUCCACAAAUGAGACUCUGGUUCCAAAUAAUAUCUUUUAUGUGAAUGAUGGGGCUGAUCCUUGCAUGGAGGCAAAGAUUUUGGAAACAUCCGUAGGUGAAUCCAUUGAAAAUACUUGUGAUGAUGUGAAACUAGACAGCUGUCUUGAUAUUGACGUGGAUCUAAUUCAUUCCACCCAAAUGCAGAUCGAACAUCCAUCUGGAGAUCAUGACGAUCCAGUUAAAGUCCUUGAUAAAUUCCCUGAAGAAUCAGACUGUGCACCAAUUUCUUCAGAAGAGGUACAUGAACAUGAAAUGGUCCUGCAAAAGAGUAAGGAUGAGCCAGGCAGAGUCGAUAUUGAAGCUGAACAUGUAUUGGAACUUUCUCGUGCAUCACGUGAAGGUGUGUGUCUUCCAAGCUGUGACUCUCCUGAGAGUGAGGGAAUGAAUGGGGCCUCUGGCUCGUCUGUGAUGGUAGAUCAUCAGGGAAGCUAUGCAGAAGAUCCCGAAACCAAGGAAACUAGCCUGUCAGUUGGGCAAAGAGCUGCACGGAAUGCCAGAAAGCAGAGGCAUGGUGACAUGGCAUAUGAGGGUGAUAUUGAUUGGGAAGCACUUAUGCAGGCCCCAGAACAUUUUGUCAGCCAUAAUAAAAUAAGAGAGAAACUUGAUUCAUUAUCUGCUACUGUACAUGCUGGAUAUGGUAAAGCAGCAGCUGUAGCGGCUGGGCUGAAAGCUCGUGCAGCUGGUUCCCUUGAGAAAAUAAGAUUUAAGGAAGUCUUGAAGCGAAAAGGUGGAAUUCAAGAAUAUUUGGAGUGCAGGAACCAUAUUUUGAGUUUAUGGAACAAAGAUGUCACCCGCAUUUUACUACUGGCGGACUUUGGUGUGUCGGAGGCUCCACUGGCGGGUGAAAGCAAACGUGAUUCUCUGAUUAGGGAUAUCUUCACCUUUCUAGAUCAAUAUGAGAACGAAAAAACUAUUCCUGACGCACAACCAGUUUUACUCAGCCCCGAGCAAGCACUGUGCAGUAGAUUGUCAGACUUCGUGGAUGAACCAUUUAGUCGUGCUCAGAAUUAUUCGAAGUCAAAAAAGAAUAUAAUAGUCAUAGGGGCGGGUCCCGCUGGCUUAACUGCAGCACGCCACUUGCAACGCCAAGGUUUUAGUGUUACGGUGCUUGAAGCAAGGAGCAGAGUAGGUGGCCGUGUUUUUACAGACCGCUCGUCUUUGAGUGUUCCCGUAGAUCUUGGAGCUAGCAUCAUUACAGGCGUGGAGGCUGAUGUGGCAACUGAAAGAAGACCCGAUCCUUCAUCGUUGAUAUGUGCUCAGUUGGGCCUCGAAUUGACUGUAUUGAACAGCGAGUGUCCCUUAUACGAUACUGUGACAGGUGAGAGAGUUCCUGCAGAUGUGGAUGAAGAAUUGGAAGCAGAAUAUAACGGACUGCUUGAUGAAAUGGAACUCCUGGUUGCUGAGAAAGGGGAGUCUGCAAUGAAAAUGUCUCUUGAGGAAGGUUUAGAAUAUGGGCUCAAAAGACGCCGUAUGGCCCACUCUGGUCGAGAUUAUAUGGAAACUACACCUGGUAAAUCUCGAGAAGCUUCUGGUUUGGGACCUCUUGAGAGGAGAGUGAUGGAUUGGCAUUUUGCUCACUUGGAGUAUGGAUGUGCUGCCUUGCUUCAAGAAGUUUCACUUCCAAACUGGAAUCAGGAUGAUGUCUAUGGAGGAUUUGGUGGUGCCCAUUGUAUGAUUAAAGGGGGUUACAGCGCUAUUGUUGAAUCUCUUGCAGAAGGAAUUUGCAUUCAUUUGGACCAUGUUGUCACAAAUGUUACAUAUCGCACAAUGGACUGUGAGGCAAAUGACAGAAAGGUUAAAGUUUCGACUUCAAACGGCAAGGAGUUUUCAGGGGAUGCAGUAUUGGUGACUGUGCCACUCGGGUGCCUGAAAGCAGAGAGUAUCAAUUUUUCACCCUCACUGCCCCAAUGGAAGUACUUAUCCAUUAAGAGGCUUGGGUUUGGCGUUCUAAACAAGGUAGUGUUGGAAUUUCCCGAAGUUUUUUGGGACGACACUAUCGAUUACUUUGGCGCUACUGCCGAAAAUCGAGAUCAACGGGGCCGCUGCUUUAUGUUCUGGAAUGUUAAGAAAACAGUCGGUGCACCUAUUCUUAUAGCUUUGGUUGUUGGCAAGGCUGCCAAAGAUGGUCAAAGUACUGGCUCGUCUGAUAAUGUCAGUCACGCUUUGCUUGUUCUUCGAAAAUUAUUCGGGGAAGAUAAGGUCCCCGAUCCAGUUGGAGCUGUAGUUACUGACUGGGGACGAGAUCCUUACAGCUAUGGUGCUUACUCCUAUGUUGCUGUUGGAUCAUCUGGGGAAGACUAUGAUAUUCUGGGAAAACCUGUCGAGAACUGUUUGUUCUUUGCUGGUGAAGCCACGUGCAAGGAGCACCCGGAUACUGUUGGUGGUGCAAUGAUGAGUGGGCUACGAGAGGCUGUACGCAUUAUUGAUAUAAUGAACACAGGAACGGAUUACAUUGCCGAAGUUGAGGCUAUGGAGGCUGCAAGAAGACAUUCGGAUAUCGAGAGGAGUGAAGUAAAGGACCUUAUCAGGAGGCUAGAUGCUGUGGAGUUCUCUAAUGCUUUGUAUAAAAAGUCUUUGGAUGGAUCAUCUCGUGUUUCUAGCUGGGGCACGAUGCUUAAGGAUAUGUUCUUCACUGCAAAAACUACUGCUGGCAGAUUGCAUCUAGCUAAAGAGUUGUUAAACCUUCCUGUUGGGUUUUUGAAGACGUUUGCUAGCACCAAAGAAGGGCUUAGCACUCUGAACACAUGGAUUCUGGAUUCUAUGGGGAAGGAUGGAACUCAGCUUUUGCGCCAUUGUGUCCGUUUACUUGUACUUGUUUCAAACGAUCUGGCUGCAGUUCGCUUAUCAGGUGUUGGAAAAACUGUUAAACAAAAGGUCUGUGUUCAUACCAGUCGCGAUAUACGUGCCAUAGCCUUUCAGCUUGUACGUGUGUGGGUCGAACUUUUCCGCAAGGAGAAGGCUUCUAAAGGAGGGCUUAAGUUACUUCGACAGUCAAAUAGUCUGGAUUCAAAGAGCAAGUCUUCUCUUGUCUCUGGAAAACCACCUCUGGGCAAUGUUGAGAGCAAGGUAAAAUCCAAAGCUUCUGCAUCUGCUGGACAUCAACUGCAUUCCAGUACAAGUACUAAAAAAAUGGAACCAGCUAUUAAUAAAAAAACGGAAGAGGAUAGUCACGAUGUUCCCAUGUCUGAAGAAGAAAAAACUGCCUUUGCUGCUGCAGAAGCAGCCCGAGCUUCAGCCAUUGCUGCUGCCAAGGCAUUAGCUUCUUCUGGUGCCCGUAAUGCUUCACUACAGGCACCCAAAAUUCUCUCGUUUCACAAAUUUGCCAUGCGAGGACAGAACACUCUCAUGGAUGCACCUGACAGUAGAAAGCAUUGGUUCGGUGGUGCAAUAGGAAGUGAAGAUUGCUUAGCCGAAAUAGAUUCAAGAAACUCUCGGGUGAGAGAUUGGUCUGUUGAUUUUACAAACGAGCUCGCUGCUGAUUGUCAGUCGAACAUCAGAGAGCACUCUGGGGAAAAUGUCGAAGUGGACGGCAACUUUCUGACUAAGGCUUGGGUCGAUAGUGAUGGCAGUGUGGGGAUCAAAGAUUACAGUGCAAUCGAGAGGUGGCAAUGCCAGGCGGCAGCAGCUGUCUCGGGCUUCUCUCAUGGGACGAUGCACUUAAUUGACGAGGAGGAGUCGAACUUGAGCUUGAGGAAGCACGAGUUUUCGGCGAAUGAGAGCUCAGCUUCACAAGUUACGAUGAAUAAUAAAUCGUCCAGAGGCUCUCAACUAAGAGGGGCCGAUCGUCUGAAGAAGGCAGUUGUGGAUUAUGUGGCCUCGUUGCUCAUGCCUCUUUAUAAUGCGAAGAAGAUCGAUAGGGAUGGUUACAAGUCGAUCAUGAAGAAAGCUGCCACCAAGGUCAUGGAGCAAACUACUGAUGCCGAGAAAGCAAUGGCUGUCCACGAGUUUCUUGAUUUCAAACGCAAAAACAAGAUCCGAGCAUUCGUGGACUUGCUGAUUGAAAGACACAAGGCCGUGAAGCCAGAUGCCAAAGCAUGA